AUAGUCCGCGUCGACUGCGGUCAGACGUGUCCCUGGCCCAUGUGCAACAACACUCUUUAUUUUAGUAAUAAAGUGUCGGUUGCCCUGCAUAUUGAGUGAAGUAGCAUUAGUAAUUAUUUAUUACAUACUUGAUUUAUUUAGUUUAACUCUCGCGCUCAGUUGUUGAUACCGUUGCGUUUUGUGUCGAGUGCAUGAGUGAGUCAACUUGUAAAUUCUCGGCAAAAAUUAGAUACACUCACUUGUAAGUUGAACUAUCUAAAUUUAGAAAUCCACAGCAACCAAUUUUAAAUUCAUGAAUUCAUCAUGGGAGAACCGGAAGCCGGAAGUCGCCGUCGCCAGCGCCUAAGCCAAUCGCUAUCGGCUCUCGAACUGUCCAUGGUCGAGUUUGAAAAUGACGAAAAUCACGCCGCCAGAAAACCGGUCGCCCAUUUAGAUGCGACGUUGCCAUCGGAAAAACCAGCUUUGCACGUGCUCGGCGAUCUCUCGAGCUCGUUGUCACCUUCAGUUCGCACGCUCCAGUCAGUGGGCCAACAGUCGACCAGCGCUCGCAAAUCGUCACCUAUUCGAGCGUUCCUCACACCUCCCCUCAUGAGGAAACGCAAAGUACCCAGCAGCAAGCAUCUCCAUCACGAUGACGACAACGGGAGCGAUUCACGUCUGUCGCCUCAUCACACCAACACAGCCGGCAAUGUGUUGCCCAGCAGUCGCAGCAAGUCUUUCGGGUUUCUCAGUCUCCUCAAGUUCAAGUUUUCUGAUCGAAGUGGUCGUAGCAAGCAGCAGCCAGUCUUUCAGUCCAGCUCGUCUGUCUUGGCUGGGGAAGAAACGAUCUCGGACAAUUUGAGCUCUGCGACGACUUUUCCAUCCUUGUGUGUCGAUCAACCCUUCGCACUGUCACCCACGUUUCAAGAACGUGAACGAUGCGAGCAGCAGCGAAACACGAAAGCCCCCCUUGCCGAUCAGGAAGAUUGUGAUGAUAUCCAUCCACAAUUGUGUGCCUCUGCUGGCUUGUCUUUGGUUGCAGUGGCUGCCGCCUCUACAGUUAUGCCCAGAUUGGCCAUGCCCAAAAAAGUGUCCAUUAGUUCCAAACACACUUUCACGCCACACUCGUCAUUGGAUCACCCGUCAUCAGCAGACUUUAAACAUGGGAUGGUGUCGACAAUGCCUGCAACGUCCGUAUCAUCCUUACCGCCCUUGACGUCGAUGCUGCAACACGGAUCGAUCCAGCUUGUCGGUCCUUUUCGUCUCCAUGUCGUCCUAAAGCAGGGGCGCGACUUGGCCGCCAAAGAUUCAUGCGGUACGAGUGAUCCUUACGUCAAGUUCAAGUUGGGUAACAAAGUGAUUUAUCGCUCGAAAACCAUCCACCGUGACUUGAAUCCGAUCUGGGAAGAAGAUUUCGAUAUCCACUUGGAUGAUCUCAAUACUCCUUUGCACAUACGAGUGUUUGACUACGAUUGGGGAGUGCAGGACGAUUUUCUGGGAGCAGCUACUUUUGAUUUGAACCAAUUAGAACUAAACAAAAUCAAUUUAUACUCGUUGGAUCUUUUCACUGACGAAAUGGACGGACGUCAGGGUAUCAUCGACUUGUCAAUAGCCCUCUAUCCGAAACUGUCCGAGGAUGACAGCGAUCAGAGACAUCCUUCAAAGAUUGCUGAUCAAGCUAAGAGACUCAAAGUUCAAAUCUGGUCAUCGAUCGUCAACAUUCUCAUCAUAGAAGGGCGACAUUUAACCGACAAAGAUGGCGAGCCUUUGAGUAAACCUUAUCUCCGCUUGCGGUUGGCCAACGAAAAGUACAAGACGAAAUCAGUGACGCGUAACUCCUCCAACACGAGCGUCACUUGGCUGGAGCAGUUUGAUUUCCACCUCUACGAGGACCAGUCACAUAUUCUUGAAAUCAAUUUGCACGAGAAGGAGUGGAAAGGUUCUCUAGGGAGGGAUGAGUCUGUCGCAAGAGCCGUCCUGGAUCUGGCAGGCGUGGAAGGGGAGCGGACGCAUUCAUUGAACUGUGAAUUUCAACAAGGAGGUUCUGGAUCUCUUUCGCUACUCAUCACCAUCAGCGGAACCACUGCCUCAGAAACAAUAUCGGAUUUGUCCAGCCAUCAAUCUGACACACAUGCCAAGGAAGUGGAAGUCAUGAAACAGCGUUAUAGUCUAUGGAGAACGCUUAACAACUUACGAGACGUGGGACACUUGAGCGUGAAAGUUUUCCGUGCAACUGGGUUAGCGUCGGCCGAUAUUGGUGGCAAAUCUGAUCCGUUUUGCGUACUUCAACUAGUCAAUUCACGAUUACAAACUCAAACAGAGUACAAAACAUUAAACCCGUCUUGGAACAAGAUAUUUACUUUUAACGUUAAGGACAUCAAUUCAGUUUUGCAAGUCACUGUUUACGACGAAGACCGAGACCACCGAUUUGAAUUUUUGGGUGCUGUUUCCAUACCUUUAUUGCGCAUUGGCAACGGUCAAAAAAGGUGGUACGCCCUUAAAGAUCGCAAAUUGCGCUUCAGAGCAAAAGGCAGUAAUCCGCAAGUUUUACUCGAGCUUAACGUCGUCUGGAAUGAAUUUCGUGCCACCAUACAAACUUUGCAACCGAAGGAGAAAAAGUACAUCGAGCCGGAAUUGAAAUUCAGUAGACACACCUUUGUCCGCAACGUGAUGCGAGUCAAAGCCGUUGUCAUGGAUUUGAUCGAGAUUGGCAAAUAUAUCGAGUCCGUUCAUUCCCAAUACUUUCCGUUUUUGCGAAUCGAGAUUUGCUUACCAUGGGGGUGUGCAGAUCGUCCAUUUUCCAUAUUUCAUCUAAAAUUUUCUCUGUUUUCCUUAUCUUUCAUCAAAUGCAGGAGCAUCUGGGAAUGGGAAUCUACCACGCGCAGCUGCAUAGGCUUUGCCGUGUUUUUAGUCGUCACAUGGCAUUUUGAACCUUACGUUAUUCCUUUAAUGUUACUUCUAUUUUUUCUUCGGAAUUUUUUGAUCCGAUCAUUUACUCACGGCUAUGUUAGCGAAUAUCAAGAGAGUGAUAACGCGUCUGGCGAUGACGACGAUGAAGAAGCUGACGAUAAGAAUAAGGAAGAACGAAAGAGUUUGAAAGAGCGGCUUCACACAAUCCAGGAAGCGACUCUAACCGUCCAGAAUUCCAUUGGCUACUUGGCUUCGUUAUUUGAAAGCGUGAGAAACACCUUCAACUUUAGUGUACCUUUUCUUUCCUACUUGGCCAUAAUUUUAUUGAUUGCGUCAUGCAUUUUACUAUACACCGUUCCAUUACGAUUCCUCAUUCUUGGCUGGGGUGUCAACAAGUUUACGCGCAAGCUUUUCAGACCCCACAGCAUUCCUAAUAACGAAGCUCUCGAUUUCCUUAGCAGGGUUCCCGAUAACGAGCAACUGGCGGAUUAUCGUGAACUGCGGUUGGAUCUGCCAACGGACCACAGUGAUAAAUCAAACCGCAAAAUCACAAAGAAAAAAUAAGCUUUCACGUCGUUCCAUGUUUUUUCCCUCCUUUCAAUUUCGACGUUCCAAAUCUUCAUACCAUUUCAUUCUGUUUCCCUGUCACGUUCUUUUAUCCAGUUGGUUGUUUUAAAAUGUUUCUUUAUGCAUGUUCAAUUCUGUCUAUAAAGUGGCCUUAAGACGGAAUAAAUUACAAGUUUCCCAUUUAA